GACGGCUGUCACCGUCUCCCGGGUCGCGGACCCUUCACUCACCUCGUCUCUCCCCAGCCUUGGAUUCAGUGUCUGGUGCUCCGCCGACCAUGACAAAUGUCAACACAACAGCGAUGCCUUGGGGCAGUGACGGCCAGGUGAUCCUUCCCAGCGUCUCAGUCCCAGCGGGAGCUGGAGAAGCCGGGCAGAGUGGCCCCAUGCCAGGGACCAGCGCCUCUCCUGCCACCCUCGCACCCACACCCAGUGAGACUGAAGGGACAUUGCAGACCGCUGACAGCCCCGCACAAGGAGUUGUGUCUGGCUUCGAAGUACAUCCCACCAGUCCAACCAGUGUGGUCCUAACGUGGAAAAAGGAAAACCCAUCGGCCUCGGACUGGUAUAGGAUAGAGGAGGAGACGAGCAACACAGCCGUUAGCACCCAGCAAACGUGGUACAACGUCACGGGCUUGCGUCCGGCGACUACGUACACGUUCUCCAUAUCCCUGGGAAGGGGUAACAAGACCUGGGGAAAGCCCACCUCCAAAAAUGUCACCACAGAGCCUCUUCCGGUGUGGGGCCUGCGCGUGGCCUUCAUGGGGCGCACACAGGUUGUCCUCACCUGGGGCAGCGACAGCAGCACUGCCUCCUGCCGGCUGCUUCUUGAGAGCAUCGGAAGCCAGCAGAUGCUGACCAGCAUUCCAGACCUGCGGCCCGGGUUUCAGCGAGUUAUUCUCAGUCUCCCAGGAUCGGACGAGGCGCAGAGCGAACCCCCGGUUACCCCAAGUGGCUCAGGUGCCGGUGGCAUAGUGAGCAGCACCCCCAUCCCUGCGUAUUGGAGCCUGGAGCACACAGGCCUGGACUCCGACCUGGAGACCCGAGACACAGAAGUCCUGAUCGCGGGGCUGCAGCCCGACGCGCACUACAGCGCCGCUGUGUACCCUCGGGCGGCGGACAGCACAGAGGGACAGCCGCGGGGCGUGGAGUUCCAGACAAACUCCGAGCAGGUGUUUGACAUCAGGGCCGUGAAUGUCAGUGCCACGAGCCUGGGCCUGGCCUGGAAAAUGCGGCACAGCGGGUCGUCCUCUGCCUACACCUAUGGGGUCCACGUGGCCGGGGACGCUGAGUCCUUCAACCUCACCACCCAGGAGCCUUGCGCCGAUGUUGCCGAACUCAGCUCGAGCACCCUGUACCGCAUCACCGUGCACCCCCUGCUGCGAGGGGCGGUGGGCACGCCGGGGUUCCUGCAGGUGUACACCCGUGAGUUUGCCGCUGCCUCCUGCCCGUCCUGCGUGGUAGCCUCGCAGGUCCCUGGGGCCCCCUACCCCUCAGGGCGGGGGACAGAAGAACAGCUGCCCUUGCCCACGCGCCCCGCAGCCCUGUGAUGUGGGUGGCGUUCGCCCCUUCUUUUGGCCGAAGAAGCCAAGGCGGGGAGAGGGGCUGUAGGCGUGUGUCACACGGGGACAGCGGAGGCCAGGUGAAACCUCUGCUCUGUCCCUGCUCCUGCCCGGGAGUGUCAGCUCUUCUGCUGGGGUAGGGACCAGGGGGAGAAGGAGGACCCGGGUGCUCACGUCCUGGUGUCCCUGGAACGUCGGUGGUGGAAGGGAGCGGGUUGCUUACGUGUCCCGUAAGGGUGAGCUGGUCGGUGGGCCGCAGGCACAGCACUUCCUGUUGGAACGCAGGUCACAGUGUGGCGUGGCGCUGGAGUAGGGCCUGGGUGCACGGCCGCGUGGCCGCCGGCACUGCAGUGGUCUUCAGGGUAGGCGCUGGGCUCCUGUUACAGAUGAGAAAAUGUCAGCCCAGCACGGCUGAAAAUUGGCCCAAGUCCACUGAGCCAGCAGAUGGCAGAGCAGGGUCUGGGACCCAGGAGUGCCUGGUGCAGGGCCCGGGCUCACCCUGCAGGAGUCCCUCAGCCAGGAGCCUGGGUGUCCCAGCCCACACUUGCCUGCUGCCUCCUUACCUGGUCUUCUGUGCUGGCUCUAGGGAGAAGAUGAGAUCUGCUUACAUUUCUUCACCUUUGGCUUUUUUUUGGGGGGGUACUGGGCAUUAAACUUGUUU